GGCCCGGAGCGCGGCCGCCGGCGAGACCCGGACGGCGCGCAGGCGGCCGGGCAGGGAGGGCGGCCCUGAGGGCAGCGGCGCCUGCCCGCGUGUGCGCCCCUCUCCGCCCUCUCUCAUCCGCGACCCCCGCGCCGGGCUCCCGGGCCCGCCACGCGCACAGCCAUGGUGGGUCGGUUGAGCCUGCAGGAUGUGCCCGAGCUCGUGGACACGAAGAAGAAGGGCGACGGCGUCCUGGACAGCCCGGACUCGGGGCUGCCCCCCAGCCCCAGCCCCAGCCACUGGGGGCUGGCGUCGGCCGGGGGUGGAGGCAGCGGCGGGGAGCGCGCGCCGGCCCCCGGGACGCUGGAGUCCGAUGCGACGGUGACCCCAGCGGCCCCGAACUCAGCAUCUCUCUCCAACACCCUGGCUAUCAGCUGUUCACCAAGACUGUGCCCACUGUCCUUUGGCGAAGGAGUAGAGUUUGACCCCUUACCACCAACGGAAGUAAGGUACACUUCCUCCGUCAAGUACGACUCAGAGCGACACUUCAUUGAUGAUGUGCAGCUGCCACUGGGCCUGGCAGUGGCCUCCUGCAGCCAGACGGUCACCUGCAUCCCCAAUUGCACAUGGCGCAACUACAAGGCCGAGGUGCGCUUUGAGCCCCGCCACAAGCCCACACGCUUCCUCAGCACCACCAUUGUCUACCCCAAGUACCCCAAGACCAUCUACACCACCACCCUGGAUUACAACUGCCACAAGAAGCUGAGGAGGUUCCUGUCCAGCGUGGAGCUCGAGGCCACAGAGUUCCUGGGCAGUGAUUGCCUCUCAGAUGAGUGCUGACUCGAGCAGGAGGCUUGGGGUUGAGCCAGCUCUUCCGCUGCCUUGGUCCCUAGGCCACCCUGGGCAAGCUGGGCAAUGUUGCCCUUGCGUAUCAUUCCAGCCCCAGAGUCUGACCUGAGGAUACCUCUGAGCCCAGCCUGGGGAAGAAGAGGAAAAAAAAAUCACUGCAUCUUGCAAUUAUUGAGAUACUUGGUUUGGUUUUUUAAUUUUCAAAUUAUCUUUCAAAGGACUAUUUUUCCUGGUUUGCUGCUUUAGAAGGAGUAUAUUUCCAGAGUUUCCCAAAAGUCUUGAUUUGAGGAGAAAAUAAAAAGAUAACCAGAGCAGAGGAACGGUGGCAACAGUUUGAACCAGGGAGGGGAGGAGGACAGCUCUUCCUCCAUUGUCAGUGUGUCUGAAAAAAAGAGGUUGGAAAAGCCUCUGGGAUAGAAAAAGUGAGUUUUAAGACCUUCCAGCCACAGGUGUCUUCCCUGCUCCGAAAGUGGAGCUGUUUCAGUAGAUCGUGACACCCAUAUGUGUUCGGUCUAUGGAGAGUUGAGUUCCAUUCCAUGCUUCAUUUCCACUUCCAUUUGUAUCUCCUGUUAACCAAAACUUUUGGAAUCCUCUAGAUCUUUUUUUAUAAUAUGGAAAAACCCCGAACCAAAAUAAGAGAUGCCUUAAAAACAAAAUCCACAUCACUGUAUUCUUUCCUGUUUCAGAAAGUCAGGUAGACAGAUGGCCCAGUUUGGGGACAGUGGCUUCUGUCUGCUCCUUGCAGGUUGGUUGCAGGCACAGGUUCUGGCAAUGGCCUGGCACACUUGGCAUCUGGUUAACAUCUUGUAUAACUCUCCCAAUAGGUAUUUUGGGGUUUCAAAAAUACUUUGAUAAAAGAAAUUUUUUCAUAAAGGAAAAUAUAGCAGAGGGCUCUUCUGAGAGAGAUGCAUUUUAAAAGAAUGCUUUGGAAAAUGUUUUGGGGACUCCAGGCGGGAGGUUUCCACUCAGGGCUGCCAUGUCUAAGACUCACUGCCACCAGGAGGAGACAGAUGUAGAUGUUUCUGGUGAUCCAGGGCAUCAUGAUUGUCUAAGUAGACUCAAGCUGAGGACCUUGGUGGUAUCAAAAUUGCAGAGAAUUUGGGUCUAAUGCAAAAAACGAGGAAUCUUGCUUAACGUCCCCUGAGGUUAUGCUUCAGUGAAUUUAGUAUAAGGAAUAAUGUCACAACCCAGCUACUGUAGCCAUAGUGGAUAUUUCUUUCCUGCCACUGUAUUCGUGGAAGUAACCACCGAGGGGGUUGGGUGUGAACUGAAGACGUUCCCAAGGCAACCUCAAGAGUGCAGCUGAGCCACUGCAGCAGGCAUGGUGCUGGGUGGGGCAAAGUGGCACCAGGCUGCCCCUCCUCACCUGCCUUCCACCACCACCACCCCACUGUCCCACCAGCCCCAGCCCUUGCUUCUUAGAACCUCCUGCCAUUCUCUGCAGGGCUGGAGAAUAGAAAGUGGCAGAUGGACUUCCCCCCCCAAUAUUGGAAAAAACAAACCACACAGACUUCCUUUGAAUACAUCCAAAUUAUGUCAAGUGCUCCAGGGUUACAGAGCUCCGCAAGCUCUGCUUCCCCCUUAUCUCCAGGUUUUUAUGGAUGGCUUCCUUGUGUUCUAAAAAGCAGAACUGAGAGCUCUCUGGGAACCCUGGAGCCACAGCAGGGGUUUUUGUUACCAUGAAAGCAGGUGCCAUGAUAAUUGCUCUCAUUUAAAGGCACUGGAGCCUUCUUAGAGCCAUUGCAUCUGGUGUCCUCUACAGACAACAAUGUCUGAUCGCUCAUGCUCCUAACAAAUGGAACACAUUCCCUGAUGGAGCUGCAGUCAACUUCAGGGUCCCAAGUUUGCCAGGGUGCAUCUUAGCUGGGACCAGAUGAGGAGUGUCACUCUGGGACUCCACAGUCUCUUCCAUCAUGUGCAGAGCAACAGAUGCUGCCUACCUUUGGAAGAGCAAAUUCCACCACAUUUCUUGGUAAAAGUGGAUUUUCUCUCUGAUUUCUUAGUGUUGACACUUAAGUGGUAAGUGUGAUUUUGUAAUUAUGCUAGGAGAAUUCCCAGAGCUCACUUGGAUGAGCUCUGAGGAACACUGUGGGCAGAGUGACAGGGGACAGAAUGUAGGAGAAUGUGGCCUCUGAGGUGUUUUGAGGGGCCCUCAUGAGAUUUUCUUAGGGGAUCGUGUUGAGUUCAGGCAAGUCACUCUAGGUGUGGAAAGAACCUGAACCUUAUCAGUCAAGUACGUAGAAGUGAGUGAUGGCGGAUGUGUAAGGCGCAUGGACAGGCGUGUGGUUAGUCAUUCAUUAGGGAACCAGUUGCAGUUCUUUCUAGUCCUUUUCCCCCUCCAAACCUGCUUUGCUGAGGAUUGCAGAAUCGGAAGCGUGUGGAGAUGCCGUGGAACUCUCCCUGUGACUGAAAUGCCACCAGUCCAUGGUGGAAUCAUGCUAGUCUUCGGGGUGGAAGUGGUGAUUUUUAAACUCACUGAUUAAAAGCAAACAUUCCUAAGUGUGCCUGAGAGAGACAGUUUGUUAACUAAAAGGCUUUCGCUCAGUCUCCUAAAUUAGGGUUUUCAUGGAAUAAGGAUGAUUUGUAUUUUCAGAGAAAAGUUGUUUUCCUUUCAAAGUACAGACUUUUAGAAAGACUUCAUUUGAACGAGUAUCUUCCCACUUGACGUUUUUUCCUAUUUCUAAUCUUAGGAAAUCCAGAAUAGCGUUGAACAAAACUGUGUUUUAAAUUCAUGUCACCUCUGGCCCAUUCCAUUUUGCUUUGUGACUUCUCCAUUCAACAAUAAAUUAUCUAAAAUAUAAAACUGAGGGAUGCUUCUCU